AUGCGGUUUUUAAGGGAUCCAGCCGUCACAACACCCCUCAUCCACAAAAUGAUGUCGCUGGAUCCCAGCUUCACUCCACGACAGGUCCCUGGAGUUUCAUCCAGAUUCACUUCAGUCAAGUCAGAACUAGCAACUAUCCUUGGGAUUGACGUUAAAUUUCUAACUUCUGUGUGGUUCAAGACUGAUGUCCCAGCCAAAGUAGCAAAAACAACAUCUCAACCAGUGACCUGCACCAGUGCGAUAACUACAACACUAACAGCAACCUGUACCGAUAGAACAACAACAACAACAACUUCUUCAGCAGUGACCAGCACCCUUGUAAACACAACAACAACAACAACAACAUCUCAAACAGCGACCCGCACCAAUACAUCAACGACAGCAACAACAACAACUUCUUCAGCAGUGACCAGCACCAACGCAAUACCAACAACUACUACAGCAACAACACUUCUCACAACAAACACCGUCACGACAGCACCAGUGUUAACAACGACAAUCUUCUCGCCAAAACAAGCUGACUACGAAGAUGAUCUAGACUCACUUCACACACCGACACCUAUCUCUUUUGGUACUGACAGUCCACAAAGCUCACCAGAUCACCACUCAAAUGUAUCAUCACCAAGAUACCACAUUGACUCACCUCCAACACUUUUUAACUCAGCACCAACACCAUCAUAUGAGCCAACGACACCCAUCAUGAAGCAAGCAGCAUCAGCACCAACACCAUCAUAUGAGCCAACGACAACCAUUGUGAAUCAAGCAGCAUCAGCACCAACACCAUCAUUCAGACCAACAACAACCACCCAGAAUACAACAGCACCACCACCACCAUACCAACCAACGACCAUCAUGAAUCCAACAGCACCAACACAUUUGUAUGAACCAACAGCCACCACACAGAAUCGAGCAGCAGCACCAAUAUAUAGACCAACACCAAUACACAUCACUCCAUCUGUAUUAGCAAAAACACUUCGAUGA